CGCUGUUUCUCAACCAGUCAAGCAUCUUUCCCCCCUCAAAAUCUUCCUUUUUCAGACCUCUAUUUCUUCUCCUCUUCACCAUCUAAUCUCUUAGAGCCCUAUAUUUCCAUAUAAUCUUUGAUUUCGAGUGUUGCUCUCCCCCCCUCUAAAUUGUUUUCGUGGUUACAAGAUUUAGAAAUAUCGUCCAUCGGGAGAAUGGGCUGAGCAGCGAGGAUCAGUUUCAAUCGAGCUUCGUUCGAAUCGCGAAUAAUUGAAUUGGUAAAGUGUGAGCUUUUAGACGCUUGAAGACAACGGGAUGUGCAAGCUUGUUUUUGGAAUAGAGGAACCAACUCCAUCCGGUGCUUUCCUUCUUAUCGAUCUUUUUGAAUCUGGUUGAUGGGAAUGGUUCAAAUGAACAAUAGUGGUCUCAUGACCGGGAAAUUGGUUGAAUUGAAUACACAUAUCCGUGAUGAGAAUGUGAAAAUAAGGGAUGGGGUCAUGGGUGAGGGCCAGGGCCUGUCGGAGGAAGACGAGUCACGUAUUAAUGAAGACACAAGUAAUGGGAAGGAAGAGGUGGUUCAGCUUCAUGGUCCUUUCGUUUGUUGGGAGAGGUUUUUACCUCUAAGGUCUCUCAAGGUUCUAUUGGUUGAAAACGAUGACUCAACUUGUCAUGUCGUCUGCGCAUUGCUAAGAAACUGUGGCUAUGAAGUUAUUGCUGUGUCAAAUGGUUUGCAAGCUUGGAAGAUCUUGGAAGAUGUAGCCAAUCAUAUUGAUCUUGUUUUAACCGAGGUAGUAAUGCCUUGCUUGUCGGGCAUUGGCCUUUUAGGCAAGAUAAUGAACCACAAAACUCGCAAGAAUAUUCCAGUGAUUAUGAUGUCAUCUCAUGAUUCUAUGAACAUAGUGUUGAAGUGUUUAUCCAAGGGCGCUGUUGACUUUUUAGUUAAGCCCAUUCGAAAGAACGAGCUUAAAAAUCUCUGGCAGCAUGUUUGGCGGAGAUGCCACAGCUCUAGUGGUAGUGGAAGCGGAAGUGGUACGAGGACUCAAAAUUCCGCCAAAUCAAAAGCUGCUGAUUCCGACAAUACUCAAAGUUACAAGGAGGACGAUACCGGACGUGGGGGACUGAACGCUCAGGACAGAAGUGACAAUGGAAGUGGCACUCAGAGCUCGUGGACAAAGAGAGUGGUUGAGAUUGAUAGCUCCCAACCAAUAUCCACAGGCGACCAGGUAAUGCAUUCAACGUCUGAAGUGCUUGCUAAUAAACGAGUUCCUGUAACAACCCAAAGGGAGUGUGAUGGUCGAGACGAUGAACUUGUUAAGGGAAAGGAUUUAGGGGAAGGAGCUCCUAAAAUUACAGCUUUGCAGCUUGAAAAUCUGAAUGGAAAGGUCAAUACCAAUAUGGAAGGUGCUAACCAAGAAAAAUUAUAUGAAAUCGACUCUAAUAAAGAUGGUGAGAAACUACAAAAGACACAACUGGAGCUCAAAGAUGGGAAACUCGGUGGUGAUUUGAGAAACCGAGCUGCUGAUGUGAUAGGUAUCAUCAAUAAUACUGAUAGUCGGAUAGAAAGUGCAGUCCUCUCAAUUAUGAAUGGUCUCCGCAAGGUUUCUGAUAUGAAAGGUAAGGUCACCUAAACCCAGGAAAUGCCUUUCCUUGAUAUAAGUUUAAAGAGAUUGAUAGAUGUUGGAGAUACUGGAACAAGUGCCCAUGAACGGAAUGUAUUGAGACAUUCAGACCAUUCAGCCUUCUUAAGGUAUAAUUCUGGUUCAACUACGAAUCAGGCUCCGGUAGGAAAUGUUGGUAGUUGUUCUCCACUUGCUAAUAGCUCUGAGGCUGCUAAUACGGAUUCCAUGAAGAAUUUCCAAUCGAACUCAAACAACAUGGCUCGGAAUCAACAGUCCAAUGGGAGUAGCAACAACAAUGACAUGGGUUCGACCACUAACAAUGGCUACAGAAAAUCAGCAGUUAUCAGUGACAAGCCGGCACCUAAAACUAUAGUUCCCUCUUCGGCCUUCCAACCGGUGCAAAACGGCAUUGCUACUGCACCGCAACCUCUGGCACACGGUAAGGUUGAUGCAGGAAUCGGUAAGAAGAUUUUAGCCAAAGCAAAGGGCACGGACCAACAGGUGCAAGUGCAGCAUCAACAUCACUACCACCACACUUUCCAUAACAUGCCCCGAAUCCAGAAACUAGGUAACCAUGAUGAUUCGUUCCAGUGCGGGUCAUCAAACAUGUCGAGUGCACCGCAUGUUGACACCAACGGUUUGAACGGAAGUGCUUCGGAAAGUAACCAUGGAAGCAAUGUGCAGAAUGGGAAUGUCCCUGCUUUAAAUUCUAGAGGAUUUAAUCUUGAAAGUGUAGAUGGGGCUCCUGGGAAAGGCGGAGCUGUUGGUGGAAUCGGAUUCGCAGGUGGCAACCUUGCUGAUCGGAACCGUUUCGCUCAAAGAGAAGCUGCUUUGAACAAAUUCCGCCAGAAGAGGAAAGAAAGAUGCUUUGAGAAGAAGGUUCGAUAUCAGAGUAGAAAGAAGCUGGCUGAGCAGAGACCAAGGAUUCGAGGGCAGUUUGUGCGACAAGUCCAAGAAAACAAUAGCAGGGAUACAAAUUGCUAACCUCGACCCUCUUCCCCUAGUCCGAGCACAAUUUUACCAACCAGAUUACGGGAAGGGAGCACAGCAUUUGGAUUCAAUAGCACAGGAUUAUGCUAAUAAAUAAAAUUUACGAACUCUUAAUCAAAGACUGAAUUUUUUACGAGGACUUGACUCAUAACAUGUACUUUAAUUGUCCGACUUAUGCAGCUUCGGCUGGAAAUAUAAGAACUACUACCACUAUCAGCACAAGGUAACAACCCUUGAAAGGGGUUGCCCUUAUAUAUAGUACUAUCAGUCGGUAUGGUUUUCUGUUUGUUAAAAGACUUGAAUUAAUGACAAUGGUGCUUGAUGUCUCAGUGC